GGGGGAGAAAACAAUGAUUUAUUGUCUUCCAAAAUAAUUUACUUUUCUACUUUUUCCUUCACUCUCCUCUCUCAUGCCCAACAUGGUUUCUCAGCUGCCUUGCGACGGCGAUGGCAUUUGCAUGCUUUGUCAGGCUAAACCUUCCGACUUGGAAACCAUUACUUGCAAAACCUGCGUCACUCCUUGGCAUGUCCCUUGUCUCUCAAACCCCCCUGAAACCCUAGAAUCUACUCUUCAAUGGGACUGUCCCGAUUGUUCACUCCCUUCUCAGGAUGCAUUCCUUCCUCCCCCUUCCAGUUCUCCACUCCCCAUUCACCCUUCUAAUGAUCUCAUUGCUGCGAUUCGAGCCAUUGAAGCUGAUUCUUCCCUUCCUGACUCCCAGAAGGCAAAGAAACGCCAGGACCUGCUUACCGGAAACUCACUCUCCCACGAGAUCAAUGAUGUUGACAAAAAACAAGGAGACGAUGUUUUGGAUUUGUUUGAUGAGAGAUUGAACUGUUCUUUCUGCAUUCAGUUACCGGAUAGGCCAGUCACUACUCCAUGUGGCCACAAUUUCUGCUUAAAAUGUUUCCAGAAGUGGAUUGGACUAGGAAAAAAUACUUGUGCAAAGUGCCGCUGCGUGAUUCCCUCUAAAAUGGCAAGCCAGCCCCGUAUUAAUUCCACCCUUGUAGUGGCCAUUCGUAUGGCCAAAUUGUCAAAAUCAUCUGUUUCUGGAGGACCUCAGAAGGCUUAUCAUUUUGUCCACAAUCAAAAUAGACCAGAUAAAGCCUAUACCACUGACCGGGCACAAAAAAAAGGGAAAGCUAAUGCUGCAAGUGGAAAAAUAUUUGUUACAAUUCCAUCCGACCAUUUUGGUCCUAUUCCUGCUGAAAAUGAUCCUGAGAGAAACCAGGGUGUUCUGGUUGGUGAAUGCUGGGAGGAUAGGCUAGAAUGUCGCCAAUGGGGUGCUCACUUUCCACAUAUUGCAGGUAUAGCGGGCCAGUCAAAUAAUGGUGCACAAUCAGUGGUUCUUUCUGGUGGCUACCAGGAUGAUGAAGAUCAUGGAGAGUGGUUCCUCUACACUGGAAGUGGGGGUCGAGACCUUAGUGGAAACAAGCGUACAAGCAAGGAUCAGUCUUUUGACCAGAAAUUUGAAAAAUAUAACAAAGCGCUACAAGUUAGUUGCUUGAAAGGCUAUCCUGUUAGAGUUGUUAGAUCUCACAAAGAAAAGCGUUCCUCAUAUGCUCCAGAGAAGGGAUUGCGCUAUGAUGGAAUUUAUAGGAUUGAGAAGUGUUGGCGUAAAGUGGGAAUUCAGGGCUUUAAAGUAUGUCGGUAUUUAUUUGUUAGAUGCGACAAUGAUCCUGCUCCAUGGACAAGCGAUGAUCAUGGAGAUCGACCUAGACCAUUACCAUCAAUUCCAGAGUUAAAAAAAGCAACAAAUAUUACCGAGAGGAAGGAAGGUCCAUCAUGGGACUUUGAUGAAAAAGAUAGCCAGUGGAAAUGGAGCAAACCUCCCCCGAUAAGCACGAGACCAGUAGAAACUGAAGAUCCUGCCACUGGGAAGAGGUCAAGGAGAAAAUUUAGGCAAGCACACAACAUGAAUGUACGGGAAAGGUUACUGAAAGAGUUUAGCUGCCUUAUUUGUCGAGAGGUGAUGAGUCUGCCAAUUACUACGCCGUGUGCCCAUAACUUCUGCAAGUCAUGCUUGGAAGGUGCUUUUGCGGGCAAGACAUUCUUGAGAGAGAGAAGCAGUGGUGGACGAAGUCUUAGAUCACGAAAGAAUGUCAUGGCUUGUCCUUGUUGCCCGACAGAUAUAUCUGAUUUUCUACAGAAUCUUCAGGUAAAUAGAGAGUUGUUGGAUGUGAUCGAGUCCUUGAAAGGUAAGCUUGAAGAAGAAGGGGAUGCAUCUGAGAAGCUUUGUGAAGAAGAGAUAGAUGGGGAGGAAGAGGAGGAGGAGGAGGAGGGAGAAGAUGAAGUGGAAAAUAGAAAACAAGCAAAGAUGGCGAUUAAUGGUGGGGAGGAAAAUCCUGUCAUUUGAUUUGAACAAUGUAAAAUACCAUGUUGUUCAGAGAUCUGAUAAUUGUUGUAUUUUCUUUAAAAGAAGUUGUAGUUGUAAUAUGACAUCACAGGUGGGUUAGAAUGUAGUUGUUUUGUUAUACAGAGCCAUGGCAAUUGGCUGAUGGGUCGGUUGGGAUGUAAAUUCCUUUCCCAUCAUAACUGGAGAUUGAUUCUUCUGUAAAUUUUGAACUUUUACUUUUAGAAGUGUCUAUUUAAUCUCUAUGGAUGAUUUUUCGUACACAAA